AUGCAAAGACCAUCACCACCUACUGAAGAAGAAGAUACUUGGCAAUAUGAUCCCAUUGAUCCCAACAAGAUAAGCCCCAUGAAGCUUAAAGAGUUCAAUGCUAAGGUGAAAUCACUUCCAUUCUAUGUCACUUUUGAAGAAGCUUGGGAUAAACAUGGUCUAGUGGAGUUCUUUUUCACAACUAGUGAAAACAAAGAAGAGAUACACCAACUUUUUCAGAAGGCACGAUUUCCCCUUGCCCCUCAUGCAGUCAAUCAACCACCAUCACCACCAUCAUCACCACCACCCAGUGCUUGGCGCCACUACCCAUUCACCACCUUCUUCCACAACUGCAGAGAGACACCUGAGGAUAUCAAAGAGCUUUUUGAGAAAGCUAAAGUUCAGCCAACCUUCAAGACCCUCUACAAGAUUGAAGACCCAGGUCAAUUCUCUAUUCCCUGUCAAGUAAAUGGUCAUUACUUUGAUAGAACACUAUGCGAUUCUGGCUCUUGCAUAAACCUCAUGCCAACCCAAACCGCCAAACUCCUUGGCAUCACACGCUUGCAACCUGCUCAAAUUAGUAUUGGACUUGCUAACCAUACUAUAGCCAAGCCAAGAGGAGUUGUUGUUGAUGUUCUUCUAGAGAUUGGAGAUAUCAAGAUCCCGGUGGACUUUCAUGUCAUGAACAUCAAGGAGGAUGUGACACACCAUUGA